CACUUCUCAGAUCGACUCUAAAAUCAGUUUCAAGGUCAGAUUGAUUAGAUUUCUCAAAUCGUUAGUUUUUUUAGUUAUUAUUAUCAUCUGGGUUAUUGAGUUGAAUCAGAAUUGUUUUGUUUGAUAUUGCCCACAACGUGUUCGAUUAUGUAGUAUUUCCGGUGAAUGUGAGCUCUUGUAGUGCCUAAUUGCACCCCUAAUUUAUGAAUUUAUGUGAAGAAAAAAAAUAAUUUGUAUUUAUAUAUUGAUUUAUGUUUUAACAUUAGCCUGAUAUAUAUGAUCGUUGUUCGGGGAUGUACAUAGCUAGUUGUGAUCUUGUUUGGAUUUAGCACCAUUUAGUAGUUGUCUUUCCUCAGUGAAAUAAUUUUUCUGUGACAGUGAUAAUUUUGGAGGAUGGAUGAGACCAAAUUAUACUUGUGUUUUGAAGCAACAAAUCCGAAAUAAGAGUCUGUUUAUGUGAUAUAUUCUACAAAAGAGAGUGAUCUGAUGCACAAAUCACCGACUUUUAGACCAAACUUCACCUUGGAAGAAUGUAUCAGUGGGGUUUCUGCUAUGGGCUGUGGUCUUUUUGGUUCCAAAAUUGUUCUCGCUGGUGGAUUUUCUGGUGCAGGAGAAAACAGGAUAUAUAACCGUAGCCUGGUAACGUACGAUCCUGUCAAUAAAAAGGUAUCUCGUGAGGAUUUUCCCGAUAUGCGGGGACGCAAAAUCAGGCCUUUGGUGUUUGAGGUUUAUGGGAGGCUGUAUGUCUUGGAUACCAGCAAUUCUGUUUACAAGCGAACCUGGGAACUUUAUUAUCCCACGAAAAAAAUUUGGGCCAAAGUAAGUGAUCCCUUCUGCAGCAUAUAUAAUGCCCUAACAUGUAUUAAAAAUAUAUCAGGCAGAUUCCCAUACUCUUGGUUUGUUAGUGGCAACACAGUUUCCAUUUCUUCGCCCGCAGAAGGCCUUACAUAUUUUCACCAUACUAGGCAAGCCACCAAGUUAUUUUCUACUGAUGCCAGUGAACCGCUUCCAUUCCAUGGCAUGGCAACAACUUUCUUUAAUCCGGGUUUCUGUAAUGUAGUUGUCAUCUCCUUUUCUAAAGGACUGGUAGGAGGACAAGGAUGUGUAGAAGGACGCCGAUUGAGAUACUGCCCCUUUAAAUUUUCCGAACCUGAACUUAUUUUUAGGACUACUCCGUACGAAAAACCUGAUGGUGAAGUAUCUAGUUAUUUUGCUGAAUGUGGAAAGGGGAAGUUCUGCCUUAUUACUUUCGACAACUUCAACAUACAUGUCCAUGUUUUCAAGAUUCUCAGGCGUGAAGCUGCGGAUGGGACCUCGAGUUUGGUUCUAAUAGAUUUAGAUAAGCACAAAUAUAACUUCAGUGAUUUCUCCGUUGAAGGCUUCACAAGUAUCAGUCUCUCUGGCUGCUUUGUGUUGCCAAGAGAUGAUGGGCCUAAGAGAUAUGAAGAAUCAAAAUUGUACCAUAAUUAUUUUUUGUGUUACGAGUCGGAGGAAAAGGAUGACGACAUUCCUCCUUUAAUUGCAACGGAUAAAGGACUCAUGGUAUUUGGACUUUUAUUGAUCCUGAUUAUGACAGCGGCGGCGGAGACAGUGAUUUCGAAGUGUAUUAGGUAGGCCUAACAAUUUGGCACAUGACACGAAAAGUUAGUGCUUGGGUUUAAAUUUUUGGGACACGAACAUGAAAGUACACGGUGAAUUUAGUGUCGGAUAUUCUUUCAACCUUCCAACCAAUUUAUUUAACUCGUUCACAGGAACGAAGCUACAUAGGGCCAGAGGGGGCCAAUGCCCCCCUAGGAUUUUUAUAAUAUUAUAAUUUGUAUUAUAUAAUUUUGAAAAAAUUGUAUUUUAUGUAUAUAUUUAUAUAAAUAUAAAAAGUUGUCCCCCCCCAAAAAAA